CUUGGCAUGUUGCGUAAUAGACGGCCAAAUAAAGUCAACGUUACCGGGGAAGACCGGGUUUGACAGACAUUGAACUCCGACAAGCAAAGACCUGCCAGUAGAAAAUUCAGUGAAAAGGUUGUUGGCAGCAGGAUAGACAUGGCCUCGUCCUCAGUGGUUAGGAAAGCCAUCAACGUUCCUCCUACGGUCCGCACUCUUCCCAGUGGAAUACCCAGCGCACCCCGUCUCAAUUUAGCGGCGCGCGCGCCCUCGGACGGUCACCAUCAUGGCCGUGGUCCUACCCUGCGCUCAGACACUCCAAGUCGUUUCACGGGUGGUGGUCUGAAGACCACUCCCGCGAGUCUUCUCUACAAGACUGUUGUCUCACCAGCAGUGUCAACCCAAUACCACCAGCGACACAUUCACAGUUCUGCCAUCGCAAAGGAUGCACCCGAAGUCCCUGACUACUCUGCCUACCGCUCACGGUCGGAUAGCAAUAACCGCGCUUUGUCUUAUUUCAUGGUUGGCUCUCUUGGUGUGCUCUCCGCUUCCGCCGCCAAGUCCACCCUCACCGGUUUCCUGGAAACAAUGGCCGCUUCGGCUGAUGUCCUGGCCAUGGCCAAAACUGAAGUUGAUCUUGCGAGCAUUCCAGAGGGCAAGAAUGUCGUUAUCAAAUGGCGAGGGAAGCCUGUUUUUAUCCGACACAGAACCUCGGAUGAAAUUGAAGAAGCUCAGAGUGUUAACUGGAAGAGUCUGAGAGACCCUCAACCAGACGAAGCGCGAGUUAAAAAACCGGAGUGGUUGGUCAUGCUUGGUGUUUGCACUCAUCUCGGUUGCGUCCCGAUUGGCGAGGCAGGUGACUAUGGCGGAUGGUUCUGCCCAUGCCAUGGCUCGCAUUAUGAUAUCUCUGGUCGCGCGCGUAAGGGACCUGCCCCUCUUAACCUAGAAAUUCCUCCCUACGAGCUGAAUGAAGCCGAUAACAAGCUUGUUAUCGGAUAACAGUCCAUACUACUACAUUGAUAUAUAGUCCCAUGUACAUGGGUAAUAUUAUCAGAUGGCUAUCAUAAA